CUCCAGUGAAUCUAAAACCUCAGACAUGGAUGACCCCUUACAAAAUGGCUCCACGCACAGACUAAUAUCAACAACACGGUAGAGCGGUGACACAUUUAAAUAUAGCCUAUCAGUGGAACAAGGGACAGCGGUCUGAUUCGUCUCUGUGGGUUUUUCAUCUAGUCUUUAUACAGAAGCUCCUUAAUAGACUAUUUUAUGUUAACGUGCUUCCCAAGAAAAUGAUGGAAAAACUGAAACCGGAGCUGAACCGGAGCAGUCCCGGUGAGGAAGAGCGCGGUUCGCUCCGGCAGGACCCCCCUUUCGCGGCACCUGUCACCCGUGCUGACGUGAGCGAGCAGCAGGAGGGCACGAAGUCGGCGGACUCUGCGGACGCGCAGAGGAGAACGGAGACCGUCGCGGACGACCAUUGCAACGGGAAUGUCGUCCCUAAUGGCGUUGCCAAGGAAACGGCUUACGACGCCAUCGAGCUGAAAAAGGAAGUGCCGGUGAUCGAGCUGAGCAGGAGAGGAGGGACUGCCGAUAUAAAAGCCCGGGAGCAGAAGGGAGACAGUCACAAGGUGCAGACUACCGAGCUGUGCAGACCCCCGCACCCUCUGCCGCUGCCUCACCGGGACGCCUUGAACGAACCUCGAAUGGUGCAGCUGAGUCCGCCCGCUUUCCCUCUCCCAGCCCGAGCGAUGCUGUACAGUAACAUGGCUCAACCGCUGGUCGCUAUUAACAGUGGCUUCGGUAGCGACUCGGACCAGUACGGCAUGUAUCCUUCUAACAGGGUGAAGCGCCGGCCGGCGCCUUAUGAGGUUGAAAUCAACGAGGCUGGCCAGCCGAAAAUCGUCCGCAGGAUCUUCACGAACAGCCGCGAGCGCUGGCGGCAGCAGAACGUGAACGGGGCCUUUGCCGAGCUGCGGAAGCUGAUCCCCACCCACCCGCCCGACAAGAAGCUCAGCAAGAACGAGAUCCUACGCCUGGCCAUGAAGUACAUCAACUUCCUGGCCAAGCUGCUGAACGACCAGGACGACGUGGUGGGCCGGGACCCGGGUUCGAGGGCGCGGGACGGGUGCGAGGCCGGCCUGGUCAGGGAGGAGCUGCUGCAGGAGAUGCUGUCACCCAACUCCAGCUGCGGGAGCCUGCUGGACGGGGAUGGCAGCCCAGAGAGCUACACGGAGGACCAGGACUCUUCCAUGGAGUCGCGGCCGGCCACCAGUGGCCUGCACCACCCCGGCCCGCCACUAGAGGGAGUCAACCGCCGAUGAUGAAAUUUGGCCACAGAGGAGAGAGGGAGAAAAAAAAAGAGAGAACAGAAAGGGGAUUUGCUUUGGUUAUAAGGUGCUGAGAGAGGAGAUGUCAUGACACCGAAUCCAGCAGUAGAGCAUCACAAUGCCUAGAGAGUCUGAAAUUUUGCAGAGACUUUGUUGGAUGUAUCAUAUAUUUUUUUUUUGGCAUCUGUCUCCCUCACAUUUUUUUAAACUUUAUCCUCCUUCAUCCCCUCGACAGGGACCUCUCAAAAGCUUUCUUCUAUGAACUGUGGUACAUCCAAUACAAUGAAAAGGCUGGAUUUGUGCAAGGUUAGCGAUUGUGGCUGUGGUGUUAAGCGUAACCUUUUUGGCACUGAGAAGGCCGGGAUUGCGGGAGUGAUUUGGGUCUUUUUUUUCUCCAGCUGCCGGAAUGAGUCGCAAUGGGAUCAGAUGCCCGUUGGAACUUUUACAGGAUAGCGCAGCGAAUUGGAGCACAGAGGACAAUCUCACUCAGAAACGGGAACCACAAUUAAAUUCCAUUUUGCAAAGAAGAAAAUCUUGGUACCUUCUUCCAAUUUCGUCAUGUAGGUACACUGGGCGGAUGGAGGAACAGCUGCGAUAAUAAACUGCAGCUGCCAUAGAUGAUAGACAAGCAUAACACACGAUAUGAGGUUCAUUCGCCAAGGCCGGCACACCUCUGUCCUUUCAGGUGUAAAUAUCCAUAUUGGGAGAAUCACAGGAUAUCGAAGAGUACAAGAAGCAUCAGAGGCAGCAUUGCAUCAUGUUUGUAAAUCAAAUAACCAUAAUUUAUAUUUUCAUUUCAUUUCAGCAUUAGGUCUGGACCUCAGAAAUUCUGUCAUAUAGAAACACCAUUUAUAUUGUUAUAAUAUCCUUUUAAAAAAUACAAAUCUGUGGUUAUUAAGCCUGCAUCAGAGAAACAGAACAAUUUAAAAGCACUGCAACACAAAUCUGAGGCCUGUGAAAGAAUUGGUGAUUAGAAAUUGAAUUACAGAACAGAGUAACCACACUAGUGUUCAAUAUUCUAUAAUUUCAUUCAGUUCAUUCUUUCAGUUCCUUAUCCAGUCAUUUAAUCUAUACUCCCAUUCCCCUCCCCCUGAAAAUGACAGUUCAUCAUACCCUGAAUGGGGACGUACAUACAUGUAUACACACACACACAUAUACUAAAAUGUUUAUUUGGAAGAUAUAAUGGUGUUGAUAUUGAUAGAAAGUUAAAAAAAAUGAAAUGAAAGUUGUUUGUAAUGUAAGAGGUACAAAGUGGUCUUGAAAAGUGUACAAAAAAAGUCAGAGGUAUAAGUCUUUGGGUUUGUAUUUCUUUUUUUUUCUUGUGGUAUAGUAUAUGGUACAUUGAGUUUACCAGCUCCUUUCAUCUCCUACCCCCUGCCCCCUACCCCAUACAACCCCCCCAGGCUUUUAUAGCCAACAGCCCCUGUACUUCCACUUCCAGUGUUUCUUCACCGUAUCUGACUCUAUUUGUUUCUUAUCUGCUCUUUUUGUAGCAGACCUUUGAGUAACCAGUAUUGGUACCUUUAAUAAUCUCCUGUAUUGUACAAAAUAACAACACCAACAACAAAAGAAAAAAAAAAACAGAGCGAGAUGUUUUCUGUACUGUUUAGUAGACACGUUUGUUGUAUGAUGAUAAAUAUUAUCUAUAAAUAUAUGCAAUGUUAUA